UACUGUUCAGAACGAGAAAAUACAUAGCUGUUGAUUUCACUACCCGAAGUAGCCUGCAUUACCGACCGCACACACACGUAUCACUGCUUUAAAAAUUUGAAACGGCAUUUUACAUUCAUGUGUGUAGAGUUAUAUUAAGAUUUUACGGAAAAAUUGGUUUUGGAUGUCGAAGAAGUAAAGGUCGGUUGCAGUAAGAAUAAUAUAAUACAUAGAAAUGUCGAAACAAAACAUAUUAGAUAAUAAAGAAAACUUAGGGAGUACAGUUAAGCAAAAGUUGAACAAUGACCGUGUUGCGACAAUUGAUAUGUGUGCUAAAGAUGCCUCUAUUAACCCAAUCAUGAUUAGUGCUAGACCAGUAAGUGUGUCUGUACAACCGCUGAAGUCAACAAAUAGUAUACCGGCAAUUCCAAAAUCUGAAACACAAAAUGUCAGUAAAAACAAGGCAGCUAUUGCUACUGCUCCAAUACCAAAUAAAAGUGACUGUGAGGAAGUGACUAAUACUAAUAACGAUAUAGAAGAGACUGUAAAAACAAAGACUGACAAAAAAGGAAAUAGAGCUUGGUGUUUGGAUGAUUUUGAAAUUGGUCGUCCAUUAGGCCGUGGUAAAUUUGGCAAUGUUUACUUGGCACGUGAAAAAAUGUCAAAAUACGUUAUAGCCUUAAAGGUCCUAUUUAAGUCCCAAAUUCAAGAAUCUAAUGUUGAACAUCAAGUACGUCGUGAAAUUGAAAUUCAAUCACAUGUAAGACAUCCCAAUAUACUAAGACUGUAUGGUUAUUUCCAUGAUGGCGCUCGAAUUUAUUUGAUAUUAGAAUAUGCACCAGGUGGCACAUUAUACAAUGAAAUGCGUUCACAGCCUUUAAAAAGAUUUGGUGAAUCUAAGUCCGCUUCAUAUAUAAAUUGCUUAGCAUCUGCGCUCGAAUACUUACAUGAGCGUGAUGUUAUCCACAGAGAUAUUAAACCAGAAAAUCUAUUACUAGGGCAUAACGAAGAAUUAAAAAUAGCAGAUUUUGGAUGGUCGGUUCACGAACCAAAUUCGAUGCGCACUACUUUAUGUGGAACAUUAGAUUAUCUACCACCGGAAAUGGUACAAGGCAAACCUCAUACAAAGAAUGUGGAUCUAUGGAGUCUGGGUGUAUUAUGUUAUGAACUUUUAGUAGGACGUGCACCUUUUUUAGCAACGGGUUAUGAUGAUACUUAUAGAAAAAUUGUACGAGGUGAUUAUAAGCUGCCUGAUCAUGUUUCACACGCUGCUGCGAAUCUUAUAUCAAAGUUAUUAGUACUUGAUCCACAUAAUCGUCUACCACUGACUAAAGUACGCAAGCAUCCUUGGAUAGUAAUUCACACGCAGCCACAAAAAAAAGAAGUUAAAAAGCGAAACUAAUUUGAUGACUUAAAAUUUAUUUUUUAAAUUUUUAAUUUUAUUUUUUAUUGAACAUUUUACAUCUAUUAAAAUUUCGAAUAUUUUGAUUUUAUUCAUAAUCAUUUUAUAUUAAACCAAAUUGUAAUUAAUUUGCUUUAUAAUUAUUAUAAGUAAAGACUUAUCGUUCAAGUUAAUAAAUAAAAUAUUGUAAUU